AUGCGUUACAUAGGAAUGCUUGAGUUACAACAUACGCUUACAGAAUAUUGGUCCCUUGGCACAGCGGUUGCUGCAUUCUACCUCCCCGUGACGAUUAUGAUCAUACUUUACUCUCGAGUUUAUUGGGAAACCCGUAAACGACGGAAAGAAUUUGGAAGACUGCAAGCCUCUCAGGUUAGGAUUUCUCGGAAAUUUUGGGCAAAUCUCCUAGCCCAUCGUAGACAGUUUUUGGGGUUAUUUAGCGCUCAAGUCACUCAACAGACUCCGUUCGUACACGUAGUUUACGCAAUUCUGUGA